UUCCUAACACCCCACUAGUGAAAACCUUGCACCACACCAUUUUACACACACCAUUUCAGCUAUCAGAAAAAACCAUGGCUGGUUCCUCUGCUUCUCUUUUGCUCCUAUUCCUUCUCUUUGGCUUCUCUGCAGCUAAGGAACUCUUAGUUGGUGGCAAGACAGAUGCAUGGAAGGUUCCAUCUUCUGAAGCAGAUUCCCUCAAUCAAUGGGCUGAAAAGUCUCGCUUCAAAGUCGGAGACUAUCUUGUGUGGAAAUAUGAUGGUGGGAAAGACUCUGUGUUGCAAGUAAACAAGGAGGACUAUGGUAGUUGCAACACCUCCAACCCCAUUGAAGAGUACAAAGAUGGGAACACUAAGGUGAAGCUUGACCGUCCUGGACCUCACUACUUCAUCAGUGGAGCAAAGGGUCACUGUGAGAAGGGGCAGAAGUUGGUUGUGGUGGUUAUGACUCCAAAGCACAGCAGAGACAGAGCAAUUUCCCCUGCAUCUUCUCCAGCAGAGUUGGAAGAAGGUCCUGCUGUUGCUCCUACUAGCAGUGCUACAGUUUUGCAGAGUGGCUUUGUGGCGGUUCUGGGAGUGUUGGCUAUGUACGUGAUGUGAGAUUAGAUUACUGUGAGCAAAAUGUAAAUCACAGUGAGGUUAUUGUGAUUUCUGAGUAGUUUUAUGAUUAUUAUUAAUUAUUCUUUAUUCAAAAACUUUGUAAACCUUUGAUAUCAGAUUCGUGUUUUAUGCGAAGGUAUAAGAAGAUAUCUACAUUCUUAUCAUGUGAAA